AUUCCAGAAAUCCUAGAGUCAAUCCUCCUCCAACUCGACAUGCGCACACUUCUCACCGCCGCUCAGCUCGUCUGCCACGAAUGGAGAGCCCUAAUCACCCAGUCUUGUCGCCUCCAAGAGAAACUCUUCUUCAGACCCAGGAUGCACGGCCCGCCCGUUCCUAACCCCCUCCUAGCCGAAGUCUUCCCACUGGUUUUCCCACCCAGCCCACCACCCCUGCCCGGUAGAGUCGCGCUCGCAGAGAAGAGCGGAUUCCGCAACCUAACCUUCAGAUACCUGGACAUGAUCUGGAACCCCCGCAAACAGGCCGCCUACACCCGCACAGAUGCCAGUUGGCGCCGCAUGCUCAUCCGCCAGCCGCCGGUG